AUGCGUAUCCUGCAGUGGCUGACGUUCUCUGCGCGGCCGCUGUCCGUCGAAGAGGUCGCCGAAGUCGUCGCUAUCGACGUAACGCGCGACCCAGCGUUCGACCGUGAUGAGGUGCUAGAAGAUCCGCUGGAAGUGCUGGACAUCUGCUCUAGUCUAGUCACCAUUACAACGAAUAAAGUAGAUAGAAGAUUAGGGUCUGCUUAA